AUGGUGGGAUUCCUCGAGGAUGGCAAAUUUCGGCCUCUUUUCUGCUCUGGAACAGGGGAGGGAACGGACUCGAACGAAGUUCCCUCUCCUUUGAAGGAGCUCAGAGACAGGUUCGGCCCGUGCGUUUCCGUUAGAACGGACAAAGACCGUCCCCGGGAGUUGGAAAGCUUCAAUCCCGAAAAUGGCUUCGUGAAAUUCGCAUCCCGUGGACGUAUCCCAGAGCAAGGCUCAGACCAAGGUGCUAUUCUCAAGCUCCCGGCAGGAAGCACCACGUAUUUCUUCAACAAUAAGUGGCAUAUAGUCCGAUACAUGCACGAGAAGAUCGAUAAAUGGCUGGCCUUAGCGAACAGCAUCGGAGACUCAGAGCUCAAGGACGAAGACAUCAUGUUCGUGACGGGUGCUACCUGGACAACUCAGUUUACCCGCAACCUCUAUCAGAGUCAAUACAUCCGUGGAAACGUCGACGUCCCCACAUCCAUCAUGACGACACCUCAAACGGAAGGAGACCCCGCUGUCUUCAAGUUCGCUGCGGGCCAACCCCAGCAAUCUGAGAUUCCCCACUUCUAUCCAUCCUCUCCGGUGUCGCACCACUGCGUCUUCAUGAACUACUAUAAGAUCAAGAGGCGACCCAAAAACCACGGCCCCUCGGAACGCGGCUCAGAGGGCACGCUGUCGCAACAGACAUCCGUCCUCAAGGAGUCACCUUGGGUCUGGGUGCCAAGGCCAACGUUUGCUGACCCCGUCAACGCCCUGCUGGACUAUAUACUUGAGGACGAGAGAGUAAAUAUCGCAGUGGCGUCCGAUUCGGACGUGUACAAAUUUCUUGAGUACCGGCAGGCCGUCCCAGAUGACAUCCGUACCUUGCUGAUCAGCAAGGGGGUGUGCACGGCGAUCGUCAGGGAUCUCGAACAGGUCGGUACUGUGCAGCGCUUACAGCGGAAGAAUGCACGUAUGAAAGUGGACGAUGACUGGGUUUGGGUAAAGCCGCCUCAGGACCACAUGUAA